UUUCCGUUUCAUUUAUACAUUUAUAUAUACCAUAAAAUUUCAUGGAUUACAAGUGAUAAUGGUUAAAACAAAACUGUUUAUCUUAUUUUGUUGGUUCCAAAAUCUAGCUCAUGCUAAUAAGGUAAUGAGCAAUGAUGGAAAAGGUUUUGAUAGAUUGUUGAAGUGUCUUUGUAACAAGAACGAUGCUACAAUAAAAGAUUUAGCGGAACAUUGUACCGCAGAAAAAGAAAUGGAUGGUCAUUGCUUGUGUAAUUUAACUGGAACAGAGCAAAAAGAGAGUAUCCUUAAAGGUUGUUUGUCUCAUAAAAAGACGUUUUGUUCAGGUUUCAAAAUAAUAAAUCAGCUAGGACAGUGCAACACAACAUUGUGUAUGGAAGCUCUGAGGAAAUGCAAGGAUCACAUUACAAAAUCUACAAACGUUAUGCCAGAUAAAAAUAAAAAUAAAAACAAAUAUCUUUGUCAAGAAGAAACACUGAAUAUAACCUGUCCGAACAACUUUGUCAUUGUGUUAGAUGAUGCAAACUUUGGUCGUGGACGAUCAGACCGUGAAAGAUGUAAACAAUUAUGGGGCAGAGAAAAUACUCAUUGUGACAACCACAAAAAUACGCUUAAAGUCUUAAAUGAUAAAUGUCAUGAACAACAGCAAUGUAUUAUUCCCGUGAACAAAGCUAUGUUUGAAAAUCCAUGUUUUGGUGUAACAAAGUACCUAUAUGUGAAAUAUCACUGUUCAAGAAAAGUUAAUCAUGUUACAGAAAAUGCCGUUCAUAGUACAAAUAAUGAGCAAACUAUAUACGAUGGAAAAGAAAAUGACAAAAGAGAUAACAGACAAGACAGACGGGACGGAAAAGUCACCAGAAAAAAACAUUCCAGAAAUUUUAAUAUUACCACAGAUUCGGAUCAAACUGCUGUAGACGAAAACAGAUUGGACAAAAAAGACCGCAGAAAAAAAAAAGCUUUUCAAAUGGGAGCAAUAGUUGGUAUUUCAGUUGGAGUUACAUGCACACUCGUAUUAUUUCUAAUCAUACUGGCUAUAUACGUAUGCAGACGAAGAGCAAAGAAAAACAAAAGAAAACAACAGACAAGACUACAGGCUGUCGACCAAAGAUUUGAGAUGGCACAUCUUGAAAGUGGUCCAUCCUGUUCCAACAAGGAACAAUACAAUAUUCCAUUUACGAACAAACCUUUAAACACUGACGAGGCACAAAGCGAGUACUUUGUUCUCGAUCCCUCCUUUACGAAAUACGACAAAGACUUGAGCAACCGGAAAUUACCAGAAAUUAAAAGAUGUAGUGGUGCGGAUGGUGACGAUAAUGUUUACUACGAAAUUGAUGAAGAUAACAUAAAAUCAUCGUCAGAUAUGGAUGGUGUUCACCAGAAGAAAGUAGAAGUUAGGGAUCAUGGUUCUCACCCUAGUGAUUUGACCAUAAAUCAAACACAGAUAGGAUCAACGGAAAAGAACACGGAACAACUAACAAGACAACAGUCUGUUGACCAAGAAUAUGAGAUGUCAAAUUUUGAAAUUAGUCACUCAAGUGCAAACCAGGAAGGAAACACAAUUCUUUCUGAGAACAAUUUUGUAAAACCUGACGAGGCACAGGGCGAGUACUUUGUUCUCGAUCCAUCCGUGACGAAAUAUGAUAAAGACAUGGUCAUACCAGAGGUUAAUAUAACCAGUGUUGCACAAGAUGCCGAGACAGUGUACAAUGAAAUUGAUGAAGAUCCAAUCGAAUCCUCGACAGUAAUUAAGGUAGAUCUCCAGAAGCAAAUGAAAGAAGCAAGUGAUAUAGCUAUUUACCAUAGUGAUCUGACCAACCAUGAAACCAAAUUAGGGUUUGAUAAUGCAACUUACAAUGUGACAUCAGAGGUAGACGAUAUAAUCUUUUAGGCCACAAUAAAAGGCGGAAUAUAUAUUGCUGUUCAUAUGUAUCAUACAACAACAUUGUUUACGUUAUCAUUUAGUCUAUGUAAAGUCUAAGAUUCUUUGACAUUGUUUGCUAUUAUGACAACCAAUGCAAGGACUAUUUAACAUAGAUUUUUUUAAGAAGAAGCAAUUUUGUUUAGGCCACAUCAUCAUAAUUGUUAUUAUUGUCAGGCAAAAAUUUUGAAAGAAAACAUUCCUUUUAUUUACUUUGACUUGUAAGUAAGAUUACUUAAACUUUAUUGCCAAUUAUCCUAAUUUGUUUUUAUGACAAUCUGUUAUAAAGUUUAUACCUGAUUCAACUUUUAUAUUCACGCCAUGAAUAUACAACCAAAAAGGGCUAAAGCUAAAAUGAUACAGAAUUUACUCAAAACUUGAAACGGAUCUA